CGUGUGUCACGUGCAGGUGGCUCCUUGGAGCAACGGGAGCGGCUUUGAAUCCGGCAACGGGGAAGGGCCGUUUGCGAGGGGACGCCGGGCGCGCGGGGGGCUACGUGACUCUCCAGGGCGAUAAGAAGAAAAGUGAUUGGAAAAACAACAGUUGCACAUCUGCUCCACUCUGAUGCCGCUGCCGGUGGCAUUGCAGUCCCGCCUAGCCAGGCGAGGCCUGCUUAAGCAUGUAGAACCUGAGCCAGAAGAGGAAAUAAUUGCAGAAGAUUAUGAUGAUGAUCACGUUGAUUAUGAAGCCACAAGAAUGGAGAACCUGCCACCAAAUUGGUACAAAGUCAUCGACCCAGUUUGCUGCCUCCCUUAUUACUGGAACAUAGAAAGUGAUCUAGUUUCAUGGCUCUCGCCUAACGAUCCCAACUCUGUGAUGACCAAAGCAGCUAAGAAGUUGAAGAACAACUUAGAUGCUGAAAGCAAAACAGAACGCUUCCAUGAUAAGAUUGAGCGGGAGGAGGUGAAGGAGCGUCGCUAUCACCGGCGGGAAGAACUGGCCCCCUACCCUAAGAGCAAAAAAGCGAGCCGAAAGGACGAAGAACUGGACCCCAUGGACCCCAGCGCUUACUCAGAUGCUCCUCGGGGAACCUGGUCCACGGGGCUGCCCAAGCGAAAUGAAGCCAAGACUGGUGCAGAUACCACAGCUGCCGGCCCACUGUUCCAGCAGCGUCCUUAUCCAAGCCCUGGGGCAGUCUUGCGUGCGAACGCAGAAGCUUCUCGAGCCAAGCAACAGGACUGAGAUGCCCACUCCUCCUUUCAUCUUGGAAUGUGUGCGUUAAGUUCUGCAAGGCCCGCUUCAGGACUCCCUCUGGACUACAGACUGGGCUAGCGGUAGUCUUUCCAAAUCUUUACUACAACUCUGGCAUGUCAGCGGUAAGAGAGGGUGAUUUUUUUUUAUCGUUCAGUGGCUUCCGAAAAGCUGCAAAGUUCCCAACAUCUUCGGGGCUUUCAGGAGGCGGUGCACCCUGCAGAAGAAGUUUCACAUAUUUGACUUGCUAACUUCUGCAGAGGACAGUCUCCAUCUCCUUCUCCCAUUCCACUACGAAUUUCUAAAAAAAAAAAA